AUGGAGACGGACGGAGGACGCCUGGGCUUUAGAGGUAAGAUGUGUGUGACCUGUGCGCCUGUGUAUUCUUUUUUUUGUUUGUUUGUUUGUUUGUCCCCGCUCCUCGUGUUCGGCCUCUGAGCCGCCGCGAGUCGACGGAGAGGAGCAGGAAAGUGCGCUCUACACCCCCCCUUCCCCGGGGGGCGUCGGGCCCAGCGCCCUCUGCAAGACAGGCCAUCCCGCGGGGGACGGUCGCGUCGUCUCUCAUCCUACGCGUCCGUUCUUCUCGUCAGCUGAGCCGGCGCCGGCACGGCGACGAAGAGGACGGACCCGUGGUUCUGAGACGACGCGUCCCCCGCUCCGGGGUUCGGCCGCUGAGACGACGCGCAGCACGUCGACGGAGAGGAGCAGGAAAGUGCGCUCGAGACGACGCGUCCCCCGCUCCGGGGUUCGGCCGCUGAGACGACGCGCAGCACGUCGACGGAGAGGAGCAGGAAAGUGCGCUGAGACGACGCGUCCCCCGCUCCGGGGUUCGGCCGCUGAGACGACGCGCAGCACGUCGACGGAGAGGAGCAGGAAAGUGCGCUCGAGACGACGCGUCCCCCGCUCCGGGGUUCGGCCGCUGAGACGACGCGCCGCACGUCGACGGAGAGGAGCAGGAAAGUGCGCUCUACCCCCCCCUUCCCCGGGGGCGUCGGGCCCAGCGCCCUCUGCAAGACAGGCCAUCCCGCGGGGGACGGUCGCGUCGUCUCUCAUCCUACGCGUCCGUUCUUCUCGUCAGCUGAGCCGGCGCCGGCACGGCGACGAAGAGGACGGACCCGUGGUUCUGAGACGACGCGUCCCCCGCUCCGGGGUUCGGCCGCUGAGACGACGCGCAGCACGUCGACGGAGAGGAGCAGGAAAGUGCGCUCGAGACGACGCGUCCCCCGCUCCGGGGUUCGGCCGCUGA